CCCAUGCCAACCACUUCCUCCAUCCCCGCUCGCCCAUUUCCCAGCCUUUUCACAGACCUUAGUUGGAGUUAGCGAGUUAAAAGUUCUCAUACUACUAAACCAUGGCUCGCUGCGGUGCUCCUCUGGCCACGGUGGUGGUCCUCGCCGUGCUGCUGGUGGCGGCACCGUACACGGCGCAUGCCAUCACCUGCGGCCAGGUGGUGUCCUACCUGACCCCAUGCAUCUCCUACGCCCGCAGCGGUGGGCAGGUCCCCGCCGGGUGCUGCAGUGGAGUGAAGGGACUCGUCGCGGCGGCGAGGACCACCGCUGACCGCCGGACGGCAUGCACCUGCCUCAAGAACACCGCCGCUGGUUUGUCCGGCCUCAAGCCCGGCCUCAUCUCCGGUAUCCCCGGCAAGUGCGGUGUCCGCGUUCCCUACGCCAUCAGCCCCUCCACCGACUGCUCUAGGGUGAGCUAAGCUCUUCGUGAGAGGGCUUGCUCCAUAGUAGCUACUGUGUACUGCACUCUGGUGGCGAGUGAGAAUAAGGUGGAAGCUGUUGUACACCAAUCUUUAUGGUGUUGGAGUGGUCCGCCAUCAUCUUAUGCUUUUCUUUUCGUGUACCGUUGUAACAUGUCGCAUGUCGGCAACCAUAGCUGUGGGAUUAUUGUGUCUUGUAUCACGGUUAUCUUCGAUGAAUAUUUAUAUGAGUUGCUUGUCUUCCGGUACCACUAA